ACGAGACGACGCAGGCGAUGGCCUUCGACGGAAUCAUUUUUCAGGGUCAGUCGCUAAAAGAUCAGACGGCCUCACGACUACCGACCUUUACCUGGAAUCUCAGAGCAGCCCGCCUUCCACGUCCAGGAGUGGUCUCCACUGUCGUCCCGGAUUCUCCUCACAAACUGUUCAUCGGAGGUCUGCCCAACUAUCUGAACGAUGACCAGGUGAAGGAGCUCCUGAUGUCGUUCGGGCCUCUCAAAGCGUUCAAUCUGGUGAAGGACAGUGCUACGUCUCUGUCCAAAGGCUACGCCUUCUGUGAAUACGUUGACGUCUGUGCCACAGAUCAGGCGGUUGCUGGACUCAACGGGAUGCAACUAGGAGACAAAAAGCUGAUCGUCCAAAGAGCGAGUGUGGGGGCUAAAAACGCCAAUCCUACCUCCAUCAUAGAGACCCCAGUGACACUACAGGUCCCUGGCCUGCAGAUGCUGCAGAACUCGGGCAUGCCUACGGAGGUGUUGUGCCUCCUCAAUAUGGUGAUGCCUGAGGAGCUGGUGGAGGAUGAGGACUAUGAGGAGAUCCUGGAAGACAUCAAAGAGGAGUGUUGCAAGUAUGGCAGUGUCCGCUCCAUUGAGAUUCCUCGACCUGUCGACGGUGUGGAAGUCCCUGGCUGUGGGAAGAUCUUCGUUGAGUAUGUUUCCGCUGCAGACUGUCAGAAAGCCAUGCAGGCUCUCACCGGCCGAAAGUUUGCCAACAGAGUCGUGGUCACCAAAUACUACGACCCCGACAUGUAUCACAGGCAUGAGUUUUAAAGCACAGACCAGUCUGAUCUUAUUGUAAACGAGUCCUGAGUGGCUAAAAAGAUCUACAUCCACUUUACAAACUGGACCGCAGUGUGCUUCAGUUCUGAAUAGCCAACUAUCAGCUUCAGCCUAAUACUCACACAGUAUACUUGUACUGAAUUGCUGAACUUUAGUAUUAAUGACAUUUGUUGUAGAAUGAAUGUGACAUGUAUCUCAAACCUGAAGUAAUACUGCCUGACAAUAACACAGAAUAUCUGUUUAUCUGUAAAUGCACUGUGUGAGAAAAACAGUCGAAUGUUUAGAUUCUCUCUUCUGAGCACAAACUUUGAUUUCUCUGAGAGAAAAACAAGGUUAUUUAUGUAUUUAUUUUUUACAAAAAAUAUUUCCCUAUGUAAGUUAGGAUACUAAUGUUUAUGAACACAUACAGUGCUCCAACCAAUACUGCUAAUCCAGUUAAAAUGCCCUUUUUCUAUCCUAAAAUAAGAUCCUAAACUUUAUGACUGUUGACUAUUGUAAACCCCUCCCUCUGAACAGCAAUGGUGAAGUUUAGCUACCAAGAACUAGCAUCGGGGAAUCGCCAUCAUUUUACAAAACAGAAAGAAAUAUGUCCAAAUAUGAUAAUGGCAGUGCUGCAAAACUAUAUUUGAGAAAAGGAUGACAUCUGAUGGCUAUGUCUAUUUUAAUACAGUCUGUAAUUACAUCACAAAGUGGCUAUCCUAGGAUCACCUAGCAUAUCAUGAAUUGAAUGCUAGUUAGUCAGCUAGCUAGCUAGAUGUUAAGUUGUCUUUAAUGAAAGCAGGGAAGUUAAAGAUUAAAGAAAAACUAAUAUUUCUAGAAAUAGCGUUAAAUAUUGAAAUACAUUGAUUACAAAAACAUAGGUCACUUUGAGAAUAAACAAAUGUAAUUUUUUUUAAUGUCAAAGAACAAAAUAAUUUUCUGGUUUGACAUUUCUCUGAUCAUACUAGUUUUUCUAGGACUAGUUAGAUAAACUGUAAAAAACAUGAAUGCCUUUUACUUAAAUGCAAACUUUUUAACCUGCGACAUGUUAGCUUUUGCAUGAUCUUUAUCCAAUAUCAUAGAUGUAGACCCCUUUCUUUUGAAAAAUCAGUGUUGGAUACAGCUUUUUCAACAUAUUCAUGAAGUAUUUAUUAGCUUACUUUCCAAUAAACUUUUAGAUGGCCAACACCUGAAAUGGGAGGCCAGCUCUUGUCCACCUGUCUAACAAAAUAAAGCAUAUAUCUAUUAAAUAAUUCAUUAUUAAAUAUCGCAAAUGGUAAGUCUGCCACUGUUUUAUUUUAUUUCACAUAAUCUGCUGUUUGUCCCAACAGACAUAGCAACUGUACUUAAAGGGUGGGGUUUAUGUGAUGGUCACCAGCCAUAAUAAAUCAUUUUACCAUCAAUAUCGGAAUGAAAAAACCUAAAUUGUCUUAUGGUCAUGUUAUAAAAAUAAAGCAUUGCACAUGUAAAAAACACCUUUACAUUUUAUGGAUAGUAUACUGAAUAACAUUUAAGAGCUUUAAACUUUGUGUGACAUUAUUGCAUCUGUUUAAAUAAAUAUUUUAACAAGAUUAUGAAUUCAUUCUGAAAUGAUGUUUCUGUGCUUUAAAAGCACAUACAGCUUACAAUAUGUUCAGUUUCAGAUAAAACAAACUGUAUUUAAGCAAUGGACAUAUCAAACGAGAAAAAAAAAACAGCCUCUGUAUUUAAACAUUUUUCUGGAUGGCCUAAAAUAAAAACAUUUUUUAGAUUGUUCAAACCUUGCCACUGCCAUCGCCUCAAAUAAAAGCUUGCAUCCAC